ACCAACGGCAGCGGAGAAUAGGGGGAUUCAGCUGGACCGCGGCUGACAGCUCCUGCCCGGGUCUCGUCCGCUUGUCUGUCUGAACAUGCAGCUGGAGCUGGGGAGCCGACACGGAGCAAAAACACGACAUAUAACGAGGUUCCUGACGGAGGUUGUCGGUGAAAUCCCGGCGGAGUGCCGCUGGGCAGGUUGAUAUCAACCGAGGGAGACAAUACAACACAGUGCGCAGCGGGCGGACAGCAGCCGUUGCUUUUUUUUUUUUUUUAAUAUCUCACUGCUGCUAAUAAAGGAAGCAGCAGCAACGUCCGUUUGGGUUGAAAAUCCCAGGAAUAGCAGACAUUAUCCCACUGGGAAUAGCCUAACGCAUUGAUUUCUACCGUUUAUUUUUCCUCCUUUGUGUUUUUUAAAAAAUUUCCGUUAUAACUGAAGAUGCGCGUGAUGUUGUUGCUUGCGGUCCUGUGUAGCAUCAGUGGCACUGGCGCCUCAUCCUCAGCAUUUCGUAAAUGUGAGGAGAGCCUAGCCACUCCUCUUCCCUACAGCUCCUUCACCAGUUCAUCAGUCUAUGGUGGAGGGUAUGGAGCUGGUUAUGCCAAACUCAAUCGAAGAGGAGGCGCUGGGGGCUGGUCGCCCAUGGAUACGGAUCAUAACCAAUGGUUACAGGUGGACCUGGGUUCCAGGAAGCAGGUGGUAGCCAUAGCAACACAGGGCCGCUACAGUAGCUCUGACUGGACGAGCCAGUAUCGACUACUUUACAGUGACACAGGGAAGAAUUGGAGGCCUUAUUUACAGGAUGGGAACAUCUGGACGUUUGCAGGGAACUCCAACAGUGAGACUGUGGUUCAGUAUGAGUUGCAGCACGCCAUCCUCGCCCGCUACGUACGCUUCAUCCCACUGGACUGGAGCAGGGAUGGACGCAUUGGACUUAGACUGGAGCUGUAUGGCUGCUCAUACUGGGCAGAUGUGAUCAGUUUUGAUGGUCAUGGAGUCAUCUCCUACCGCUUCAGGAGUAAGAAGAUGAAGACUGUGAAAGACAUCAUCUCCCUGAAGUUUAGAACCACGGCCGGCAAUGGCGUGCUGCUCCAUGGAGAGGGACAGCAGGGCGACUACAUUUCACUGGAGCUGCGCAGGGCACGGCUACAGCUCAGCAUCAACCUGGGUAGCAACCAAUAUGGCUCCAUCCAGGGCCACACAUCAGUGACCAGUGGGAGCUUAUUGGACGAUGACCACUGGCACUCGGUUGUCAUAGAACGUUUCCGUAGAAAUGUGAACUUCACGCUGGACCACCAUACUCAGCAACUAAGGACUAAUGGAGAGUUUGACCACCUGGACCUGGACUAUGAGAUUAGUUUUGGAGGGUUGCCGGUAUCAGCAAAGUCAAGCUCAGGAAACCGAGAAAACUUUGUGGGCUGCAUGGAGGGAAUCACCUACAACGGAGACAACAUUACCAACCUGGUCCGCAGGAAGAAAGUAGAUGUUUCCAGCUUUCGCAACCUGACUUUCUCAUGCGCUGAGUCUCAGUCCUUCCCGGUCUUUUUCAACUCAUCAUCCUUCCUGCAAUUGCCGGGGCAAAGUGACAGUGACACUCUGUCAGUCAGUCUGUCUUUCCGGACGUGGAACCCAAGUGGGCUGCUGAUGUUCACGGCACUGUCUGAUGGCGUGGUGGAAAUCAGGCUGACAGAUGGCAAAGUCACUGUCCACAUCAAUGCGACACAGUGGAACAACGCACGAAUUGAUAUCUCAUCAGGUUCAGGUUUGAAUGAUGGCCAGUGGCACACUGUCCAUCUGAUUGCGUUGGAGUACUACGUCAUGCUAACCAUUGAUGGAGAUGAGGCCUCAACAGUCAGAACAGCAAUCCCUUUCCUGAUAAGAACCGGAGGAACCUACUAUUUUGGAGGCUAUUUCCAGCGUACCAACACACCAUCACCUCAGCGCUCCUUCCAGGGCUGUAUGCAAAUGAUCCACAUUGAUUACCAGCUAGCUGACCUCAGGGCAGUGGAACAGGGUCUCAUCGGAGCCUUUGAAAAUGUUAGCUUGGAUAUGUGUGCUAUCAUUGACAGGUGUGUUCCUAAUCACUGUGAACAUGGUGGUCAUUGUUCACAAACAUGGGAUGAAUUCAGCUGUAACUGUAAUGGCACUGGAUACAUGGGAGCAACCUGCCAUACCUCGGUGUAUCAGCAGUCCUGUGAGGAGUAUAAGCACCAGGGGAAGAGUUCAGGGAACUACUGGAUUGACCCAGAUGGCAGUGGACCUAUGGCCCCAUUCAGAGCCACCUGUGACAUGACAGAGGACAAAGUUUGGACCACAGUGAAGAACAAUCUGUCUCCGCAGACAUCAGUCACCAGUUCAGACCAGGAGGGCAAGGCAGUGCUACAGCUCAAUUACAAUAUGACAGCUGAACAGAUGUUCUCCAUCACCAGCAGCGCGGAGUAUUGUGAGCAGCAUAUUGCCUAUGCCUGCCGUAUGUCUCGACUGCUCAACACUCCAGAUGGUGUUCCAUUCACCUGGUGGGUGGGAAGAGCCAAUGAGAAGCAUUCUUACUGGGGGGGUUCAGGACCGGGGAUACAGAAAUGUUCCUGUGGUAUCGAACGCAACUGUACUAAUCCCAAACACUACUGCAACUGUGAUGCCGACCAGCGUCAGUGGAGAGAGGAUGCAGGCAUGUUGGUGUAUAAAGACCAUUUGCCGGUUAGCCAGGUUGUGGUUGGUGAUACAAGCAGAGCUGGAUCUGAGGCCAAACUCACAGUCGGGCCUCUCAGAUGCCGGGGUGACAGGAACUACUGGAAUGCAGCAUCCUUCACCAGCCCAGCCUCCUACCUCCAUUUCCCCUCCUUCAAAGGAGAAACUAGUGCUGACAUCUCCUUCUAUUUCAAGACUUCCUCCACCUACGGAGUCUUCCUGGAAAACCUUGGAACCACCGACUUCAUACGCAUUGAACUGAGGGCUGCCUCUGUGAUUUCCUUCUCCUUUGAUGUGGGGAACGGGGGCGUGGAGCUCAGUGUCCGCUCGCCAACUCCACUUAACGAUGACCACUGGCAUCGCGUGGAGGCCGAGAGGAAUGUCAAGGAGGCUGUGCUCCAGCUUGACGGGCAGUACCGAGAGGUUCGCCCCGCCCCCCCGCAGGGACACACAAGACUGGAACUAUACAGCCAGCUUUAUGUUGGUGCCACAGGUGGUCAGAGGGGUUUUCUGGGCUGCAUCCGUGCUCUGAAGAUGAACGGUGUGACCCUUGACCUAGAAGAAAGGGCAAAGGUGACACCAGGGGUGAAGCCUGGCUGCCAGGGCCACUGCAGUAGCUAUGGGAUGCACUGCAGGAACGGAGGGAAGUGUGUAGAGCAGUACAAUGGAUAUUCCUGUGACUGCUCCCUCACUGCAUACGAUGGACCCUUCUGCACUGAUGAUGUGGGUGGCUACUUUGAAACAGGAACACUGGUGCGCUAUGACUUCCUGCCAGAGGCGGGACUUCCUGUGAUGCGGGAGGUAAAGAGUCUGUCGGAAGUCAGUGUUCCCAGUGAGGCCAAUCUGACUCAGGAGGAAUUGGUUUUCAGCUUCAGCACGUCCAACGCCCCCAGCAUCCUCGUCUAUGUCAGCUCCAAGACACAGGAUUACCUGGCUGUGGUGCUCAGGCACAACGGCACUCUCCAGAUCCGCUAUAGCCUAGGAGGGCUGAAGGAACCCUAUACUAUAGAUAUAGACCACCGCAACAUGGCAAAUGGACAACCACACCAUGUCAACAUAACUAGGAAUCAAAGGGAGAUACGUCUGCAGUUGGACCACUACCCAGUGGCCACCUAUACCUUGCCUGUGGCCUCAGAUACCCAGUUCAACCUGGUCAAAACCAUCUUCCUGGGAAAGGUCUUUGAAACAGGACAGAUUGACCCUAUCCUGAUCGAACGCUACAACACUCCAGGCUUCGUUGGCUGCCUGUCACGAGUUCAGUUCAACAGUAUUGCACCGCUGAAGGCUGCCCUGCGCUCCGGCUUGGCAGCUCCUGUCACCACCCAUGGGAUCCUGGUCCCGUCCAACUGUGGAGCCUCACCCCUCACUAUCUCACCCAUGGCCUCAGCCAGCGACCCCUGGCACAUGGACUCUGCUGGAGCCAUUUUCCCUUUAAGUGAGGAAAAAGCCAGUGGAGACGGAGUGGAUCGCAACUCUGCCAUAAUUGGAGGCAUCAUCGCCGUGGUGAUCUUCACCAUCUUGUGCAUCCUGGUGUUUGUGAUUCGCCACAUGUUCCGUCACAAAGGCUCCUAUCAUACCAACGAGGCGAAGGGGGCGGAGUCGGCAGACUGCGCCGACGCGGCGAUCAUCGUCAAUGAUCCUGCUUUCACCGAAACCAUCGACGAAAGCAAGAAGGAGUGGUUCAUCUGAUCAGCGGACAGUGGACACCAUGACAUUAGGAUGUAGUAACUAAGCACGGGGGAUAGUGGUGAGGAGGACAUCCGAGGCUUUUGUGGAUGUGCCGAGCAGUUUAUCUAAAAACUUCACUGACAGGGGACACCAUGGCAUUACAAUGUUGUUAUGAGGCAUAGGGCACAGUGAUGACUCACUGAGUCCAAUGGAUAUGUGGAGCGGUUUAUCUUGACUUCAUUUACAGUGGACGGCGUGACAGCAUGACAGUCUUCAGACGUUCGAGUGGUGCAUUGUGGGCAGAGGUGCCCUUAAGAUACCAGCCUUGGAUGUGUGACGACUUGUGAGGAAUUAUAAGUAAAUGAGUCCUACAAGGAGAUGCUCCGCUUCACUUGGACUGCUUUGUGUGAGUGUGUGUACUGUGUUUGUGUGUGUGUGUGUGUGUGUGUGUGUGUGUGUGUGUGUGUGUGUGUGUGUGUGUGUGUGUGUGUGUGUGUGUGUG